CCAAAACACCGACCAAGAGACUUGAUCCCUUCUUACUCUUUCCUUUUUUAACACUCUCUAAAUAAAACUCAAAAGCUCCAAACAACAUCAUCUUGUAUUUGUCCAUACAACCAAUACGACCCUACUAAUACACUCUUCUAAUGAUGCUAAAUCAUGCACCUCACCUAAUCCUAAAACUCGCAUGUAUAAUCAUACAGUAAAACAAUCGAAUUCAUUACCAGUUUUACACCGAAUAGAUGAACGAUGACAGGUCGAAAGAAAUAGUGGCUUAAAGAAGAAAGCUGCCCUGUAGUUUUGGUGAAAGCCGGGUCGGUCCAGAUGAAUCAGCAGUUUCAUUAUCCCUCACAUGUCACUAGUAUGGUAGAGAAUCCUGCAUUGGUAAUGUAUAAAACUUUUACUUAAAGAGUAUGUCUCUCCUUUUACAAACCCUUUUAAGAGUAACCCGUGUGUUGCCUUCAGCCUCACGCUGGGGUCAAGUAAACAAGUCACGCCUUCCCAACACCUUAUAAUCACUAGUGUCUCUCUUCCCAGCUCCACAAAAUCAUGAAUCUCUUUCCAAAGUAUAUAUUAUGUUUCCUAUUUUUAUUUUUUUCUUUUGCCUUCGAACACUAUAAAAUCAGUUGCAUUAAUCGGUACCUUUCAUCCGCAUAUCUCUUUUUCCAUUAAAGAUGACCAGUUCAGCUGUCCCCUCCUUGUUUCGUCUUAGCUUCUGCUUGUUCAUUCUUCAAGUAAUGAACAUUGAAAGGUGUUGCGCUGCAACUAGGAUCUACCAGUUUAAAGUACAAACAAGGAGACUCACCAGGCUGUGCCAAACAAAAGAGAUUGUGACAGUCAACAGGAAGUUCCCUGGCCCUGCGAUAACCGCUCAAGAAGAUGAUAGAAUUAUCGUUAAUGUUAUCAACAUGACCCCCUAUAAUGCCACAAUUCAUUGGCAUGGUAUUAAGCAAAAACUAUCAUGUUGGUAUGAUGGUCCAUCUUAUAUCACACAGUGUCCAAUUCAGAGUGGACAGAGUUUCACAUACAAUUUCACAGUGGCGCAACAAAAGGGCACAUUUUUUUGGCAUGCGCACUUUUCAUGGCUUAGGGCUACUGUAUACGGUCCACUUAUUGUAUAUCCUAAAGCUUCUGUUCCUUACCCAUUCAAGAAACCUUUCAAAGAGCAUACAAUUCUCCUAGGAGAGUAUUGGCUUAAGAACGUGGUGGAGCUUGAAAAACAUGUACUAGAGAGUGGAGGACCUCCUCCUCCAGCAGAUGCAUUCACAAUUAAUGGUCAACCAGGACCUAACUACAAUUGCUCUUCUAAAGAUGUAUAUGAACUUGAGAUAGUGCCAAGGAAGACAUACCUGUUAAGGCUGAUAAAUGCUGGCAUUAACAUGGAGAGCUUCUUCACCAUAGCUAAUCACAGGUUAACCGUAGUGGAAGUAGAUGGCGAGUACACCAAACCUUUUACAACAGAGCGUGUGAUGCUUGUGCCUGGACAAACAAUGAACGUUCUUCUCACAGCUGAUCAAGCCAUUGAGAGAUACUCCAUCGCCAUGGGUCCGUACGAGUCUGCAAAGAAUGUCAAGUUUCAACACACAUCAGCGAUAGCUAAUCUCCAAUACUUUGGUGCCUUACCUAACAGUGUAACAUCACCAGCUAAGUUACCUAUCUUCAAUGACAAUACCGCUGUUAAGACUGUCAUGGAUGGGCUCAGAAGUCUAAACAAGGUUGAUGUUCCAAAAGAUGUUGAUGCUUAUCUCUUUAUCACAAUUGGGAUAAAUGUAAACAAGUGCAACUCUGAAAACCCAAACAACAAGUGCCAAGGCCCCAGACAAGGAAGAUUAGCAGCUUCAAUGAAUAACAUCAGCUUCAACGAACCCAAAGUCUCGAUUCUGGAAGCUUAUUACAAGAAACUCGAAGGAUACUUCACUUUAGACUUCCCAAUAGCGCCGGAAAAGUCCUAUGACUUUGUCAAUGGAGCACCAAAUGACAUAGCCAAUGACACGCAGGCUGAAAAUGGGACCAGAGCAAUGGUUUUCGAGUAUGGGAGCAGGAUACAAAUCAUCUUCCAGAACACUGGCACUCUCACAACUGAAAAUCAUCCAAUUCAUCUUCACGGACAUAGCUUUUAUGUUAUUGGCUAUGGCACAGGGAACUAUGAUCAACAAACAGCAAGAUUUAAUCUGGAGGAUCCUCCUUACUUGAACACUAUUGGAGUCCCAGUGGGUGGAUGGGCUGCAGUUCGGUUUGUUGCUGACAAUCCAGGGCUGUGGUUAUUGCAUUGCCAUUUCGAUAUACAUCAAACAUGGGGAAUGAGCACAAUGUUUGUAGUGAAAAAUGGCAAGACGGCGCUAGAGACUCUAUCUGAACCUCCUACAGAUCUACCAAAGUGCUAG